AUGCCCCAGGAAAAGCUAGGGAUGAGCACCUCCCUGAGCUACAAGUCGUUCUCCAAAGAGCAGCAAACUAUGGAUAACCUGGAGAAACAGCUGAUCUGCCCCAUCUGUUUGGAGAUGUUCACCAAGCCAGUGGUCAUCCUGCCCUGCCAGCACAACCUCUGUCGGAAGUGCGCCAGUGACAUCUUCCAGGCCUCCAACCCCUACCUGCCGACCAGGGGAGGUACAACUGUGGCAUCCGGAGGCCGCUUCCGCUGUCCCUCCUGCAGGCACGAGGUGGUCCUGGACCGGCACGGUGUCUACGGGCUGCAGAGGAACCUGCUGGUGGAGAACAUCAUCGACAUCUACAAGCAGGAGUCCACAAGACCUGAAAGGAAGUGUGACCAGCCAAUGUGUGAAGAACAUGAAGAUGAGAGAAUUAAUAUUUACUGUUUGAACUGUGAAAUGCCCACCUGCUCCUUGUGCAAAAUCUUUGGUGCCCACAAAGACUGUCAGGUUGCUCCUCUCACAAACGUUUACCAGCAACAGAAGUCUGAGCUGAGUGAUGGCAUUGCAGUCCUGGUGGGGAGCAAUGACAGAAUGCAAGGGAUUGUCACACAGCUGGAGGAGACCUGCAAGACAGUUGAGGAAUGCUGCAGACGACAGAAAGAACAGUUGUGUGAAAAAUUUGAUUAUCUCUAUUCUGUGCUGGAAGAAAGAAAAAAUGAGAUGACACAAAUAAUCACUAGAACCCAAGAGGAGAAACUGGAACACAUCCGCUCCCUGAUAAAGAAGUAUGCGGAUCACUUGGAAGCUGUGUCAAAACUGGUUGAAUCAGGAAUCCAGUUCAUGGAAGAACCAGAAAUGGCUGUGUUUUUGCAGAAUGCCAAAACAUUGCUACAAAAAAUUACUGAAGCUUCUAAAGGAUUUCAAAUGGAAAAAAUAGAGGAUGGGUAUGAAAAUAUGAACCAAUUCACAGUGAACCUCAGUAGAGAAGAAAAAAUAAUACGAGAAAUUGAUUUUGACAGAGAGGAGGAGGGAGAAGAAGAAGACGAGGAGACGGAGAAUGGAGAAGGCCUGGGUGAAGUCCACACAGAGUCAUCAGGAGAGGAGGAAGAGGAGGAAGAGGUGGAAGAGGAAGGGGCAGAGAGAGCACCACAGCCACCUCAGCAGGACCCUGAAGCACAGAGUGCAGGGGGAGAGCCCCUGGCCGAGCCCACUCCAGCACCAGUGCUGGCUGCCCCAGCUGGUCAGGAUGUUGUUGUGACACCGAGUGGUUCUCCCCAGACUCCCGAGUCUGACACUCACGUGCCGGCCACAGCAGAAACCACCGACCCCUUGUUGUACCCUAGCUGGUAUAAGUCCCAGUCACGCCAACCAAGCAGUCCCAGCUCAACCCCGGUGAGUGGGCUGGGGAAAGUAGGGACUCCUGUUUCUCUGGAAACAAGUGCAAAGAAGGCAGAAGCCUCGACAGCAGCAACAAUCGAGGAGAGUGCACCAGGGAGUGGUAAGGAAAGUAAUGCCACUGCAGCGACGUCCAAGCCUUGUUCUGAACCAUACCCUCAAGGACAAGUGGAGGAAGCUCCCGUGAGCAGUGAGAGGGGUGAUGAGCCGGCUCGUCAUGUCUUCUCCUUCUCCUGGUUGAACUCACUGAAUGAAUGA